UAAUUAAUGUUUCUUCGAAUAAGGGAAGAGGUUUGAGUAUUCUGAUUAGAAUGUCGAUAUGGUUAAAAAAGCAUUUAUAACCAAAUUUCCAAAUGCAAAGGUACAUAUUAUGAUAUAUGUAGUUUCCGACUUGGGAAUUUGAUUUUUACUUUCAUUUUCACAUUUGUGGGUGUGUCAAAUUCACUUGCGCCAUCUUUUAUACGCUAACUGGUAUUUAAAAAUGGCGAACACCGGAAGUAACAUGUGCAGCGAAAAUCCUGACGUAUAUUGUGAAAUUGAAGCAACUGUACCCACUGGGUUUGAACCUGCGACCAAGCAGGAGAUUCAGGAUAAACUAGGGGUCUCAUCUGUCGUCGAAAGAGGACACGCACUGUUUAAGAUCCCUGUGAAAGAUGCAUUGAAAUGUUUGGAACUCCAAUCCGUGGACAAUUUGUAUGUUGUUGUGAAACAUUUUGAACAUAUUGAAUACCCCGAUGAUAAAGAUGGUUCUCUACAAGUUAUUGGUGAACUUGUACCAAAGAUGGACUACACUGUGCCUUUAAAUGUGUGGAAACAGUUCAUACAUUUUGAUCAUGAGGUGUCUCCACUGCCUUGUAAAAACUGGUUAGAUCAACAUGCUGCUGAGACUCCUUGUGGGAACAUAAAAGGUGGUGAAUUGGAACUCUCCGAUUCUGAAAAUGUUGUUGCUAAAAAACCAAAAUGUUCUGAAAUUGAUAACAUGGAUGGACCAAGUGUGAAAAAUGAUUCCACUGUGAAUACAAAUUCAAUAGAAUCAAGCGUGUCUACCCAGGAUGCUCCACCAGCAAAGCAACCAUGGAUCGAUUCAUUGCCUGCGUUCAGGGCAACAUGUUAUCGUACUGGUAGCAAUCAUGCCUUUCAAUCGCAACAAGCAGCACAUCAUUUUGGUGGAAUCCUUCAAGACUACUUCGGCUGGAAUGUCAGCAUGAAGCAAUUUGACAUUGAAGUUGUGCUCAACAUAACGGGUCCCAAGGCAUAUGUCACAGUUGGUCUGACAAAGCAAAGUAGACAUAAGCGACAUAUAUCACAUUUUGGACCAACCACAUUACGUCCAACUAUUUGCUUCUCUAUGUUAUACAUUUGUCAGAUACAGCCUGGAGAUGUGGUUUGCGAUCCAAUGUGUGGAGGCGGAUCCUUGCCAAUAGAAGCAGCGAUAAACUGGCCACAAUCUGUUCAUAUAUGUGGCGAUAUUCACGAUAAAGCAUACAACAGGGCUAAAAUGAACAUUGACUGUUUGAACAACAAAUAUGAAAUUAAGGGUAAACCAAAGAUUGACAUCCAGGUAUUUCAAUGGAACACUUGCUCACUUCCCCUUCAGGAUAAUUAUGUUGAUGUGUUCGUCACCGACCUACCAUUUGGUCGCCGUAGUGGUUCAAAGGCUGAUAAUCGUAAACUUUACCCAGAUGUGCUGCGUGAAUUGGCCCGGGUGUCUAAAAGAAGCACAGGAAGAGCUUGUAUCCUAACGCAAGAUAAACGGACCAUUCAGCGGGCAUUGGAUGGUAUGCAGAAGCUCUGGAAACGUCGCAGCACAUUUUGGGUUAACAUUGGCGGCCUAGCUGCGGGUGUAUAUUUGAUCCAGCGUACGAAGAAUGUUUACUCAGCAGGGAAAGACAAUCGUAAAGGUGAAGAUGACAGCAACAAACUUGAAGAGGACAAUAGUGGAGGUGAAAAUGACAAUAAAACAAACAGUACAAAAGAUGAAGAGAAAGUGACAGAGAACACUAUUAAUUAGACAGAUGCCUUUUACUUAUUGCUUAUCUGUUUGAUCAGAUAGUAUUGAGAUAGUUUGACACUUCCAGAUCUCAAAUGGAUGGCUUGUAAACAUUUAUAUCUCAGGGCCAGACCAUAAGAGCUUAGUAUGAUAAAUAGUAAAUGUAGCAUAGUAAAUGACUAUUCAAGAUGAAAAUAGUGCCUUAUUUAGUAUCUUUUUGGCUCAUAUCUCUCGAAUCUUUAUACAAAUAGUGACUACCAUGGAGACAAAUGCUGACGAAUAUAUUUUUCCAAAGGGAAUAUUCUGUCCACUGUCAUGUUCCAUAGGCUACAGGCUGAGGGAACGUUUUAGUGGACUGACGUUAUUCCACUCUACUAUACCUAACCCCUAGAUAUGCAUAAGAUAAUUCUGUUUGUCCAAUUGUAUUGUUUAGUAUAUUUUUGAAAGUACCUUAUAACAUCUAACAUCAUCCGAUAAGCCAUUAAUAAGGAACAGACAAAUAAAAACAAAUAACAUAAUCAUUACUAAUAACUCAGCCAAAAGGGUUGCUCAUGAAAACCCAAUGCAAGGUAUAGCCUAGUAGAGUGUAUUCCUAAGGGAAUUUUUUGCACUAUUUUCCGAAAAUGUGUCAGUCACUAUUUGUUUUAUUAUAGCCCAUAUGUACACUGUAAUCCUGUAAUAAUAUAAUAAAUGAACAUUAUAUCCAA